UGGCUCGACCUUGGAUUGCCUAUAGAUCCCAUAUUUAUACAGCUUCUUCUGGUGCCUCUUUUGAUUAAGCCCAAGGAGGCGAAAACUGAAGAGACGGCCUGUCAACGCGCCAGCCUCAACCGUCUCCGCACAGAACUAGAGUGCCAGCGUGCGCGUCUUCAUGUGCUGGGACAGGAGCGUAAAAGACUUGCUUCUGAGCUCUACCUUGCUGGGGCGGAGCGUCAGCCUGCCAAACGCUCGGCAUCAGCAUUUGGUCAGACUCUUGGAGGUAAGGAUUUCAAUAUGCGGCCUCACGCCUCGGCCACUUCUUCUGGAAUCGGCAUACACAAAGGUACUGCAGUUUUUCUCAAUAUACCUAAAACUGCCUUGACAACUAUGACGACUUCAACGACGACGACGACUACCACUACUAGUGGACUUGGUUCCGGGCGGAGUCUUCCUGUAUCUUCCCCAUCCCAAUCUAAGACUGGGCUCGAGAUAAAGCCUUUACCGCAACGGCAAGAGCAGUUCGAGUUGCAUUCACAGCCUAAAGAGACCGACAGCGAGCCAUUGGCCCUUUACUUAAUUACUGGAUUCUUAAUUGCCAAUGCUUCCCUUCAGCGUUGCCAUUGGCGAGUUGAUCAGCUGCAACGGCUUCUACGGCAUAUAGCCUCCGAGGCGGCAUUCUUCGGUCUUCGACUUUUACACGAACGUGAUCAGAAGCGACGUCAGCUCCGAAGCAUCGGCCGCAGACCGCGAGCGCCAAAUAGCCAGGCCCAGACUGGCGAGCCGUCAGAUGAAAAGGCACGGUGCCGAGCGUGUAAAGUAAAUCUGGAACUAGCCGGGCAGACCAAGUUAACCAACGCUUGCUCUAACCCAAGUUUCUUGCCGUUAUCGGCCAAGAAUGAGGCUGUCCAGCAGUGGACACUUAUGAAUAUGCGAGAGCAGGAUGAAGAAGGUGAAUGGAGUCUCGGCACUUCAUCGGUUUCAUUCGACCAGGAGACGCCUCAACGUAAGUUCCUCUUCAAUUCCUCCAGAGCUGAACUAACUGGAAGUGCUCUCUUGCCUGCCGGCUUGGAUUUUAUACAGCAUUUAAGCAAUCCCUAA